CUGUGAGGUCACUUGAUCUGCCAACGUCACGUGACACAGAAUGUUCUCAAUUUUUAAAAGUAAUGAAAAAGAGCAUUUUGGUGUUUGACGGAAGUUUACAGGGCUGUUUUUAUGAGUAAAUAGGCAACAAACCAUGAGUUCAGGAGUUGACACUCCAGAUGACUUCAAACAUUACCCUCAGAGCGUCCAAGAGGACCUGGAUCUAGAAGACCUUUCUGUAUCCCAGUCUUCCAUCUUAUAUCUUCUUCAGGAGGCCACUAAGCUUGCUACACCUUCAAACCACUACAGUCUGGACACUGAGGGACUUCACUCCAAAGAGGAGACCCUAUCCAUGCCCAUUCCUUGCCAUCCUGCACCCUCGGACCAACAAGCUCAGAAGAAAAACUCUGAGGUGCAACCUAGCUUCACAGGAGCCUUCUCUGUGCUGAACGAUGUUCAGACCAGUAGUCCAUGGGAGGUAAUGAGUCUCAUAAACCUCCAGUGUGAGAGGCUGCUGCAUUGUGAACAAAUGCAUGGAGAAAAAGUAGAAGUUGAUCCAUGCACAAGUAGUAAAACGGAUGAUUUUGAGCACACUGUUGUUAUGGAAAGCUCUUCUUCUGUGCCAACUGUUCAUGGCACAUACAUGGUGUUCUCUAGAGAAGACACAGUUGAUUCAGCAUCUGAUGUUUGGCAUGGAGCAGCAAACAUUAUAGACAGCACUUGUAACUUACUUUCAAAUCAGAUAGCAGAUGACCAUGACAAUGAGAAAGCUGAAGCUGUGGAAGAUCUCGCAGAGCUCAUAUCUAAGAAUACAGCGGGCAUCUCUCACUUCGGCAAUGCCACUGUAAUGAGUGAAGGAAGCACUGAGAACAGUUUCCUAGUUGAAGCAUCUGUUGUACCACUUGUUGUGUCAAAAGAUGUGGAAGGUUGUGAUCAGCCUCCGACACCUUUUCAUGCAGAAGUAGGAGAAAUGGUCAGUGCUUCAUCAACAUCUGAGGCUCCACAAGCCCCAAACCCUGAGAUAAGCUCAAUUGACUUCACGUCAUCUCUUGUUGAGGAAAAAGACUCUCUGUGUUUUGCUUUCACUGCCUGUGAAAAUCCAGAGCCUCACAAUGUAGAUGUGUCAGCAAUGGCACCACAGUCAACCCUACAAGAUUCCCUAUCUACAACGGAUUUCAACAAUAAUCUGGAGGACAACAAGGAGGAGACGCUCCAGCUACCUUGUGAUGACCAAGCUGCACCUUCUGCUCAGCGAAGUGGUACCAGUCGUAGGCGAACGCCCAGAAAGCAGUCUCGCCCUGCCCGCAGCCCGGACCUUCAGGACCCGGAGCUUCAGGGAGUCACUUUCAGCAUGCACGCAGAGCUGGACCGCAGCACUGACCAGUGUCGGCUGCUGAUCACCUCAAAUUUCAGUAAGCUGUGCAGGCGUGGCCGGAGAAGCAGAAGCAGCAGGUCCAGGUCACAGCAGAGCUCCCAACGCGCCAGCAGCUCUGAAGAGGAAAGUGACCCUGCAGGCCUGUCCAAGAAGAUAUGUGCGUCAUGCUGCACAAGGAAGACUCCUUUAUGGCGAGAUGCUGAAGAUGGCACUCCACUCUGCAAUGCAUGUGGGAUCAGGUACAAGAAAUACCGUGUGCGUUGUCUGCAGUGUUGGAACAUUCCCAGGAAGGAGGCCAACUCCAACUCCACAUGUCUGAAGUGUGGAGAUCUACUUCAGCUCGCUUCUCAAAACAAACACACUGGCUGGUAGAACUGGUGAGACCUAGAAUCACUGUCAUUGUGUUCUAGAGUUCUCCAUCAGCUUGGGGGUUUUAGGAGCCUGAUUAAGGAUCUUCUAAUGGAGUGAAGGCAUCUCUAAACAUAUAAAGCAACAAUACACCACACCAGCAUCAUUAAAACAAAAAAACCCUCAAGUGAAUUUCUCAGUUUCUCAGGGUUGUUUUUCCAAGUCAUCACAGGUGCCUGUUUCCUCACUUGUAAGUACACCCAUCUUGUCUCAAACACUACAUGAACAGCUAUCUGCAGUGGUUAUUUCAAAUCUGGUCAUUUUCUCCAUUUCAUGCCUUGUCUUCUGUGAUGAGAUGUUGGCAAGUGAUUAGUUGCUGGCUCUCGAUAUGUGAAUGUGGAUUGAAAGGAUGCCUUAUUGUCAUUGAGAGACUUGCAUGUGUUUAAAUGUAUCUUUUUGCCUCAUGGAAGAUAAACUGACUACUUAAAAAUAAGUUUACCAACUUAUGCAUUCAUUCAAAUAGAUAAGUCUAUUACACAUUUUCCAUCAAACCUUUGUCAUCUCUUCAGUGUGUGUUGUUCAGGUGACUUGCGAUUGAACUUUCCCCUUGUUGUGUUUCGUAAAGUGUUUAUUCCUGUUGUGCUCACAGCUUCCUCAUUUGGGUUUUGUAGUUGUUUUGUUGUUGUCACUGGUAUUUGUGGUCAGUUACCCACAUAUAUAUUGUUUACAAGUCAUUCUGAAAAUUUAGUUACAAAUAAAUUGAAAAUUGUAGAAAACAA